CACUUCCUGAUGGAGCUGCUCCUGCGAAGAAUAAAAAUACACUCCUAGCAAGCCAGCUAGAUGAGUUGUGAAAAAGUUAUGUCUGGCUGUCAAGUGGAUAGAGAAAGUAAGUCACUGGCUGACGUUAGCUAGUAAUGUCUCUAACGUUACCAUCUGCCGAAAUGCUCGAAACACCCACUGGAUAUCCAUUUGAAGAGAUUAACUAUGAGGACAUUGAAGUGGAGGAGGUGGUGGGCAGAGGAGCAUUCGGGGUUGUCUGCAAAGCGAAAUGGAAAGGCAAAGAUGUGGCCAUCAAGACCAUUGAGAGUGAAUCUGAAAGAAAAGCCUUUAUUGUUGAGCUACGGCAGCUUUCCCGUGUAAAUCACCCGAACAUUGUGAAGUUGUAUGGCUCCUGUAAUAGUCCAGUCUGCCUGGUGAUGGAAUAUGCUGAAGGUGGAUCACUGUACAAUGUGCUGCAUGGUGCUGAACCCCUCCCCUAUUACACUGCCUCCCAUGCCAUGAGCUGGUGUUUACAGUGCUCCCAGGGCGUGGCCUAUCUCCAUGGCAUGAAACCAAAGGCUCUCAUUCACAGGGACCUCAAACCACCCAAUCUGCUUCUAGUGGCUGGAGGAACUGUGCUGAAAAUCUGUGACUUUGGAACAGCCUGUGACAUUCAGACCCACAUGACCAACAACAAAGGGAGUGCAGCGUGGAUGGCCCCUGAGGUGUUCGAAGGCAGCAAUUACAGCGAGAAGUGUGAUGUUUUCAGCUGGGGAAUCAUUCUGUGGGAGGUGAUCACCCGUAGGAAACCCUUUGAUGAGAUUGGAGGACCAGCGUUUCGCAUCAUGUGGGCUGUGCACAACGGCACAAGACCACCUCUGAUCAAAAAUCUACCCAAACCAAUCGAGAGUCUGAUGACUCGCUGCUGGUCUAAAGACCCGUCUCAGAGGCCGUCAAUGGAGGAAAUAGUGAAGAUCAUGACUCAUCUAAUGAGGUACUUCCCAGGAUCAGAUGAGCCUCUCCAGUAUCCAUACCAGUAUUCAGAUGAGGGUCAGAGUAACUCUGCCACUAGUACAGGUUCAUAUGUGGACUACACUGGCACUGGGGCAAGCAACAAAAGCGACGCAAACAUGGAACAUAGUGAUUCUCAAGGGAGCAACGACACUAUCAAGAUAACGCCUCAGUUUGCUCCGCACUUCAAACCAAAGGGAGACCCACUGAGGACACUGCCCCUCUCCAGAGGGGGCAGUGUUGAGAGUCUGCCUGCACGAACACAGUGCCUGGCAUCUUCUGACAGCAAAAGAAUGAGUGCAGACCUGUCAGAGCUGGAGCCCAAGAUGCCCUUUGCACCUGCAGCACGGCCGCAGUAUAAACGAGGCCACCGUAAAACGGCAUCGUUUGGCACCAUUCUGGAUGUUCCCAAGAUCGUCGUCACAGCCACAUGUGAUCCUCAGAGACGCCGGUCUGUUCAGGACCUGCCUGGAGUCAGCACAGAGUCCAGCCAGGGGAGCAGGAACAGCAGCCGGUCGUCCAGUCCCAGUGUGAGGAUGAUGCCUUCGGACAAGGCCGGCAGCAGAGGAUACUUCUCUCCUGAUGACCCUUCAGACACCAACGGUUCAGACAACUCCAUCCCCAUGGCUUAUCUGACCCUGGAUCAUCAGCUACAGCCUCUGGCUCCAUGUCCAAACUCCAAAGAGUCCAUGGCCGUGUUCGAGCAGCACUGUAAGAUGGCUCAGGAGUAUCUGAAAGUUCAGACCGAGAUCGCCCUGCUCAUCCAGAGAGAGAAGGAACUCAUCGCCGAACUGGACCAAGAUGAAAAGGACCAGCAGAACACGUCCCGUCUGGUGCAGGAGCAUAAAAAGCUGCUGGAGGAGAAUAAGAGUCUGGCCACAUACUACCAGAACUGCAAAAAACAGCUGGACCUGAUCCGAGUUCAGCAGCAGAAGAGACAAGGCACAUCCUGAUGAGAUGACAGCUGCCCUCCUCCCCAACCCCCCACCCAGUCACAUUCAUUAUAACACUACCCAGCAUCCUGCUCUGCUCCAUCUCUGAAGGAGACCUGCAUUCUACUGUGUCCUGCAUGUUGCGUCGUAGAGCCCUUCCUUGUGUCCAACAGGAACUGGACAUCCUGUGUACAUACAUUUGCACAUGGUCACAGUGUAUUCUGUGAUGACAGACCAAACAAUCACUGCAGACCUGCUGCUGCGCUUCAGGAUGGACCUCCUCUUCUUCCUUCUGUCCAUUCUCAGUGGACGCCGCUUGUCUGUGAACACACCCACUCAGUCCACAGCGGCUACAGAAGGUUGUGUGUUUGUUUAGUUUAGCUUUUUUUUUUUUUCAUGUUUCUCUCAGGGCCUCUGGGCUGCCCCGGUCAGUGUAGGUCCUCGGCGAUCCAGUGGGUCGAUCCUCAGCGAUCCGGUGGGUCGAUUGUCAGGGAUCCGGUGGAUUGACCCAUGUGACGGCUGCGCAUAUCUGUAGAUCACUUGUUUUCAAAAUGAAACUCAAGACUUCAUUAUGUUUUCAAAGAACUAAAAAGCUUAUAGUGGCAACAAUCAGGCCUUGCAUGUCGAGACACCAGGAUAAACAAGUCAGAUUCACCUGUAACAUGUAGAUGUUUCACACAGGAAUAGUUUAACAUCCAGUGUCCAUUAUUCAACAACCUGACAAAGCAGAAACCAGGCUCGAAUUCCAUAAUCAAGUUGAAAUGGUCGACUUUGUGUUGGAUUUUAGUUUUUGUGCAUCUGAACCUGAUACAUGUGCUGACUAGCACAGCCAUGUCCAUGACCCAUGAACCAUGAUUCAUCCAUUCAGCUUCCUCCAUUUUUGACUAAAUUGUCCUUUGAUCGGUAUUUUCAUUCUCCAUGAAUUCAGUGGACAGGCCUUAAAGCUAAACAUGGAGACACAACAAGUAUCAGAACUAUUAAACUUGGAUCCAACAGGAACUCAUUUUUUUUGGUAUAUGUCAUUUAUGUCUCCCCAGUUUUUUACCAAGUCCAGUUUUAAUGUCAAUGUAAGAAGUCAUAUUUCACCUUUGUAAAACAUUGAACAGCAGGUGAGCCCUGAACAUGUCUGAAAACUCCAUGCUAUAAGUGUUCAGAGGCAUGAGGGGCAGGUCAUGGAUUUGGAGUUUAACCUAGACAACCAUAGACAGGCAUGUUUUUGGUGUCUUCGUCAUAUGUUUCCCAUAAAUAGCACUGGAGUGCUCAGAUUCCUUCUUUUGGUUUCUUUUGCAAAUGCAACUGUUCCCCUUUAUUGCUUUUCGGAAGUAAAAUAUUAAGUAGUUUUAGUUUUGAAAAACAAAUGAUUGGUAGAUCAGUGCCAGCCUCAAGAAUGUGAAAACCAAGAUGGUUUUUCAGCAAAAAGUGUGAAUUGUGCACAGUGUGGGAAUAACAAGAAUGUUUUCAGUCCAUUCGACUGUGCAUGUGGAAUCCCUGAUAUGCAAACGCUGUGUAAAUCAGAUGUUUUAGUCAACUUUUCCUUGAGGUGUUUGAGUAUUCGAAUCUGUAUCAGGACUGAGUAUCUGGUGUUUGUGUAAGUACUGAGUGACAGAAUCCUGACAAACACCUUUUAUUGACUUCAGUAUUGUUUGUUGCGUGUAGAUGUUUUUUUCGUCUGUCUUUUCUAUUCAGUAGAUGGCAUUAGUUGUUUUUGUAUUUGGAGUUAGUUUGGUUUUUAGUUCACAUGUUGCCUUAAAGAUUGCCUGCUUUUUAAGUGCUUGUUUUAUGUGACAUUUAGUGCGAAUAAAACAGAUGUGGAAAUGUAUUGGACAGUGAAUGAUAGUGGGUUCUUCUUUCCAGUGAUAUGGAUGCAUGGUGUCGGUGUUGCACCUGCACCUUUUAUUCACAUACAAAACAUGUAUUCACAAGGAUUGGAUGUAAGUUUUCUGGGGGGUUUUUUGUUUGUUUUUCCUGAUCUCAUAUCUCCAAGUAUUUUUGCACAGCUGAUUUGCUCACAUUUGUGUCUCAUUUUAAGAUUAGAGUGAACCUUAAAACUGUACAGGAGUUGAUUUGAUUUGUUUACUAGGACUUCAUUUACCACAGACACACAUGCACCAUUCAUUGUUUUCCCAGGUACUGGGAAAUGAGGUACAAUAUCUGACAGUGAGCAAAGCAUUAUGAAAUAAACUGAAUGAU